AUCAUUCCCAUCAUACAACAGAUCUUGAGAUAGCGUUAUGUUGCCACGGAAGUAAAGCCGAAAAUAAAACUCGGAAACGGUCUUCCAUUGGGAGCUGACCAGAAUGUGAGACAUUCCAACACAACCAUCCAUCACAAAGCAUGAGGUGCAGCAGCUCCAUUACGUUAUAGCAUGACGUAGUUAAACAGUGACCACCACGAUGGCAGCAGACACCAAACUGCACGAAGCUGUCCACUUCGGCGACUCUAACCUGGUGGAAAGUGCCCUGGAAGAUGGGGCCGACCCCAACUCCAUCGGUCUCUAUGGCUGGAGUCCUAUGCACGAGGCUGCUUCUAAUGGAGAUAUGGAUAUCCUGGAUCUGCUGAUUCAGUUCAAAGGCAAUCCCAACUGCAGUGAUGAUCUGGAAGGCUGCACACCUGUUCACUACGCCGCCAGAGAGGGCCACACGGAUUGUCUCCGGGCUCUUCUCAAAGUAGGAGGGCGCUACGAUGUAGAGAACAACGGGGGCAAGUCGCCACUCGACGAGGCUGCGGAAGAAUGUCGGCCGAUUUUGGAUAAAGAAAAAACAAGAAGCUUCUUGAACAUGACGCUGGAUGCAGCCCGUAUCACCGUCUCCAAGCAGAAGCUAGCUGGGUCGGAGGGUCAAAGGUCAGAGGUUGUGACCUCUAACGAUGCAGGAGGCAACACCUAUGAAGCUGGGGGGAGGAUCGCAUCCCCGAGAGCUUGGGAUUCUAUCAAGGUCUUGGAGACCAAGAAAACAUCAGGGAAAAAGUCUAUGACAGGAACUUUGCAGCUGUCCUUUGAAUACAACUCUAAAGCCAAGACAUUCAAGAUUAGGGUGUGGUCCCUUCAAGAUGUUCUUCUACCUCCAGCUGAGUUCUCCAACCUCUCAAGGAUCUACAUCCGAGGUCAUCUCCUACCAGACAAGAAGGGCGAAUCCAAACGCAAGACGGACGAGAUCAGAAUCGACGACCCGACCAAGAUGAUGAACAGUCUGGUGACCCUCAAACGCAAGGGGACGCGUGACAGCUUCAAGGCCGUGUUCCUUCCGUCGACAUUCAAGUUCAGCAAGGCUCUCGAGUAUCAGAAGGUCACUCAGGAGAUGGUCGACUCCAAGACUGUUCACGUAGCUGUCUGCGUCAGGCAGCGGUACAGCACCAAGACCAUCCCGGUUGCGAUCAUCCAACUGCCCAUGAAGGAUGCCGUCCGGAAGCUCCUCAAGGAGAAGUACCAGCUCCACUCCUGCAUCAAUUACUCCAUGCCCACCAACAUCCAUGCGUACAAUCCGCACGACAUUGUGGUGAUAUCCGAAGGCAUGUACAGCAAUAUGACAACUAGUCACCCCACCCUUAGGACUAAAUCUAGGCAUAGCCUAGGUGUCGAGGAGAAUGAUGCUCGUGCAAGCAGUGAUAUAAAUCUUCAAGCAGUUCGUUGCCACUCGUUUGAAAGUGUGCCGUCCGCAACGGUGGACAUCGACCCUGUGCAGCAGGAGACUGCUCUAGAUGAUCUCUUGGAGGUGUCCAUCGGACGCGACGAUCCUGGGGAUGUCAAAGCAAGCAAAAAGGUUGCAGUGGUAGAAGUACAUGAGCUACCCAGCAGACCACCUUCAACACCCCUACCAGGUAUCAUAGAUGAUGGGGAGUUAACGGACGUGAGCGUUGUUUCGUCCUCCCGGCAGAGUCCCGAUAGCGCCACCAUCGACAUGGAGGGUCUCGAGACGAUAAACCUUGACGGGGAACCUGUACAAGCAAUAUCAACACCGGUGAAAAGUCGACAUGCUAGAAGAAUCAAGCAUGGCUUUGAGAAUCCUCAUGUAACAAUCGUGGAUGAUGGUGAUGACGAUGAAGAUUUUGAAGUGUCGAUUGAUAAGAUGGACCGUGGGAAAUGGACGAGAGACAAAGAUGCGAUUAUUGACAUAGGAGUUGGUGACCAUGGUGAUGACAACAAGAGGAAAGGGAUCAAGGGACACCUCUUUAAGAAGAGGGAUAAGCACAAGAAGAAAGGAAAGGGGGAUGGAUUAGAUAAUCCAGGUUACGUGGUUGACAUGAGAACAGGAAAGAAGAGUUUGCUGGGGGAUUUCGGCCACAGUGAUGGUCGACAUGGGACCGGCGAACUGGAAAUGCUUGAAAUACUGUCUGAUGAGGAAGCAGAUUUGAGAUUUUCUAGUAAGAAAACAGAUCAAAAUUAUGGAAAAGGGGCUAGAGGACCAUCAGGACAUGGCAGCCACCAACAGCAGGAGACGGUAAUAGAUGUAGGAUCAUCAUCAAAUAUGCCUGAAAAAGGAAGAAGAACUAAGUCAUAUGAUAUAAGAAGUGCAAUGAGAAAGGAAGACAUUGUGGUAUCCAACACAAGAAAAAAGCUUCCUGAGAAUAGACCGAAAAUGAAAGAUAUUGGAAAGACCGAAGAAGCAAAAUUUGAGACUGAAACCAUUCCUCGUGAGAUGAACAGUCCCAUACCUAUCAUUCACGUAGAGUGCGUGGACGAGGUUGAAAGGUCGCUAUCACCCGGAAGUAGAUCACCACGAUUGCCCCGUUCACCCCACCAAGCCCGGAGAGUCGGUCCCGUCGCAAACGUGUCUGCUUCGGGACGCAAGUCCACCCAGCAAGAGUUCCCUCCACCUGUUACCCAAGGAAUGCCUCAUACAGACUUGACGGGUAUACGAAAUGAACCUGGUAUGGGUUCAAAGCAUAAGAAGGGAACUUCUCAAGGAAAGCCAAAACAGAGCCACAGUCCUGUGGAUGUUACGGUCAUCUCUGAAAUCGAUGAUGAUGUUGUUGGUAGUCCUAAACUCGGGAAGGCUCGGUCUCGAGAGAGGGCCGCAAAAAGCAGGAGUAAGUCGCCGGGGCGGAGACACCAGAAGGGCCAGCAGCAGGGAGAGGCGGAGAUCGAGAUGCGGACGCUGUGGAACAACGAGGAGUGGCGUCAGAAGCUCGCCACGCCCAAGUUCAAACUCCAGAUGUUCCAGCGCACCUGCGAUGACCCGCACCCUUCCUCUCCCCUUCUCAAUGGGUGCCGUAGUGCCGACCCAGCGCGAGGGGUCGUCCACAACCCAGUGUUUGUCCCUGAGACCCCUCCGACUCAAACGGACAUGGACACCCCUUCUAGGGAAAAGAAUGGUGCCAAGGUAAAGCGUAGGUUGCAUAAUGAUAUUGCAGAACCUACAAACCCUGAGGUUGAUGGGAAGGUAGAAAUGGCAGGCAGCCAAAGUAUAAUGAAAAUUAGCCAAAGUUGGCUAUAAGAAACAAACUCGGGUUUCUUUCUUCAUUUUUUAAAAUAGUAAUAAAUGUGUGCUUUAGCAGUUUUUAGAUCAUUAUUUUAUCAUUUUAGAACAUCAUUAUAGACCAUUAUUUUUCUAACUUAUUCUUUGGUUCCAAACUGUUAAGUUAUCUAAGUAGUACUAGCUGCAUUGUGGCAUCUUUAAAUACCUCGCUUAGCAAUUCUUUGUGAUCUUUAGCCUUUCCUUUUUUUUUCAACAACAAGGGUUUUUUAACCAAAAUCUUGCAAUAAAAUGUGAGAGAUAUUCUAUCAAAGAUGACCAAUCUCUUCAAAAAAUUUAAAGGAGAAAUGUUGAUCUUGAUCUGGUCAUAAUUUGAAAGUUUUGGGAGGUCUAGAAUGCCAAAAGAAGUCCCUUCUCGGGACUCUCUGACAUUGUAUUAUAUGCUUUUCCAUUUGUUUUCCUUCAGAACACUGCCACUGCCAAUAAGAGAUUUUUGUAGCGCACAUAUCUACCACGUAUCUACCACGUACGUACAUUGCAAGUUUAUGAUGUUGAUUAUCAUAAUAUUAAUAUUAGAGAUUUUUGUGGGGGACAUAUCUACCACGUACGGUGCUCAAGGCGUUCCACUAUUACCCCGCCUGUAGCUACAUAGAGGCUUCCGAUUUCACUGCUCAGAGCAGUCAAGGGA